UAACUUGUCGAGAGCGAGGAGGGAGGGGUGAGCUCUCUGGUGCAUCCUGCUGCCGCCUGCCCGCCACCAGCCUUGCAAUUACAACCACAAAUGCCUCCCGCGCAGCGUGGUGGCUGCCUUCGUGCUCUUGGAUUCCUCUGGCUGUUUGCAGUGGUGGAAGCAAAGACCAGAACCUAUUACCUCGGGAUUGUGGAAGAGAAAUGGGACUAUGCGCCAUCUGGGAAAAAUCUGAUCACGGGACAAAACCUCUUGGAGGACAAGUUUGCAAGUGUGUAUGCAACAAGAGGAGCCAACCGGAUAGGACGUGUGUACAAAAAGGCUAUUUUUAGGCAAUUCACAGAUGACACUUACUCCCAGGAGAUCCCUAAACCAGCCUGGCUGGGGUUCCUUGGGCCAGUCCUCAAGGCAGAACAAGAAGAUGUCUUUAUCAUCCAUCUAAAAAACUUUGCUUCCCGCCCAUACUCUGUACACCCACACGGGGUCUUCUAUGACAAGGACUCUGAAGGAGCACUUUACCCUGAUGGAACUGGCGGUAAAAGCAAAGAGGACGACUUUGUUGUUCCUGGUGGAAAUUACACGUACACAUGGCCAGUAAGGAAAGAUUAUUCCCCAACUUUGGCAGACUCAAACUGCUUGACUUGGAUUUACCAUUCUCACAUUGACACACCAAGAGAUAUUGCAUCUGGUUUAAUUGGGCCACUGCUGGUUUGUAAAAAAGGAACUGCAGAUGAGACCUCAAUAGAAGGGACUGGUGCUGCUAACGCUUUUGCCCUGAUGUUUAGCAUUGUAGAUGAAAACUUCAGCUGGUACCUCGAUGAGAAUAUAAACACCUUCUGCUUAGAACCAGCCACAGUUGACAAAGAGGAUAAAGGUUUCCAGACCAGCAACCGAAUGCAUGCUAUUAACGGUUAUAUUUAUGGCAAUCUCCCUGGCUUGGAGAUGUGUGCUGACACUUCCAUGUCCUGGCACUUGUUUGGUAUGGGAAGCGAGAUAGAUAUCCACGCUGCGUAUUUCUAUGGCCACACGUUCACUAGCAGAGACCAGAGGGCAGAUGUCGUCGGCCUGUUCCCAGCAACGUUCAUUACAGCAGAGAUGACUCCUGGCAACCCUGGGAGGUGGCUGAUAACGUGCCAGGUUAAUGAGCACUUACGAGGUGGCAUGGAGGCACUGUAUGAUGUUCAAAUCUGCAAAAAAAACCUGUCUCGACCUUCACCACACAGCCACAAGAGAAGAUACUAUAUCGCUGCUGAAGAAGUGCUCUGGAAUUAUGGACCUGACGGUUAUGAUAAAUUCACUGGGCAGGGUUUAAAUGCCACUGGCAGUGAAUCUGCAAUAUAUUUUACACAAGGGAUUGACAGAAUAGGAGGGCAAUACUGGAAAGUUCGCUAUGUGGAAUACACUGACGCAACGUUCAGUAAGAGGAAGGUUCGGUCGGAGGAUAUGAAGCACUUGGGAAUACUUGGCCCUGUUAUAAAAGCUGAAGUGGGAGAUACAGUGCUAGUUACUUUUGCCAACAAAGCCAAAAGGAGCUACAGCAUUAUGGCCCAUGGUGUGAGCUUCAGCAAGCUGUCAGAAGGUGCUCCCUACCUAGAUGGCUAUCUGAAGCCAGGAGCCCACGUUAAGCCAGGUGAAACCUUCACAUACAAAUGGAGGGUGCCUGAAAAUGGAGGUCCGUCAGAGGCUGACCCCCCAUGCUUGACCUAUCUGUACUACUCAGCCACCGAUGCUGUUAAGGACACCAACUCCGGCCUUGUGGGACCUUUACUGGUCUGUCGGAAGAACACGCUGAACCACGACGGGACACAGAAAGGAAUAGACAGAGAAUUUUACCUCCUCUUUUCAAUCUUCGAUGAGAAUGACAGCUGGUAUUUGAACAAGAAUAUCGAAGCGUUUACUGGAGACCCUUCAAAAGUAGAUGAAAAUGAUGCAGAUUUCAAGGAAUCCAACAAAAUGCACGCCGUUAAUGGCUACUUGUUUGGUAACCUGCCAGGCCUGGCCAUGUGCAAGGAUGACAAGGUGUCCUGGCACCUCAUUGGGCUGGGCAGCCACUACGACAUGCACGGGGUCCAUUUCCAAGGAAACACCAUUGACCUGAGAGGGACAACGAGGGAUGGGCUGGCCUUGUUUCCUCAUUUAUCGGGUACAGCGCUGAUGCAGCCAGACCGCGUGGGUACAUUCAAAGUGGUUUGCAGGACUUUUGAUCACUUUGUUGGUGGGAUGAAACAUCUCUACGAGGUCAGCAGCUGCCGUAAUACCACCCGAGCCCAGCAGCAGCAUGGAGUCAUGAGGCUCUACUACAUUGCUGCGGAGGAGGUGGAGUGGGACUAUGCCUCAAAUAAGAGCUCAGCACCGAACAUUUACAAUGUCAGCAGCAAUGAGGAAAGUUAUGGGCAUGUUUUCCUAAGCCAAGCAGAAGACCUGAUCGGUUCAAAGUACAAGAAGGUGGUUUAUAGGGAGUACACAAAUGGCAAUUUCACACAGCGCAAAGUGAGGUCAGAGGAGGAAGAACACUUGGAAAUCCUGGGGCCGUUACUCCAUGCCGAGGUUGGUGACUCUGUACUGAUCGUAUUUAAGAACAAAGCCAGCAGGCCUUAUUCAGUAAGUGCUCAUGGUAUAGAAGAGGUGGGUUGUGAAGAACAGCCUGAGACACCAAUUACCCUCCCUGGGGAAAUAAACACGUACAGGUGGAACGUCCCAGAACGAUCUGGCCCUGGUAAAACAGAUCCAAACUGUAUCACUUGGGUUUAUUAUUCAACAGCUAAUUUUGUGAAGGAUACAUACAGUGGUCUGAUUGGGCCUCUCGUAGUUUGCAGAAAAGGAGUUCUAGAUGAAAGAGGAGUAAGGAAAGACAUUGAUCGUGAAUUUACCCUUCUGUUUAUGGUGUUUGAUGAAAAUGAAUCCUGGUAUUUGAAAGAAAAUAUCGAAACAUACCUUCAUAAGGAUCCUGAUGAUUUUAAUUCCACAAAGGACUUUGUAGAAGGCAACAGCAAGCAUGCAAUCAAUGGGAAGAUUUAUAACAGUCUCCUGGGCCUAACGAUGAAUCAAGGUGAUAGGACAAACUGGUAUUUGAUAGGAAUGGGCAAUGAAGUAGAUAUACAUACGGUUCAUUUCCAUGCACAGACCUUCAUCUUUAAGACAGAUAAGGACCACAGAGGAGAUGUGUACGACCUUUUUCCUGGGACUUUCCAAACAGUUGAACUCGUAGCAGAAAACCCUGGAACGUGGCUUCUGCACUGCCACGUAGCUGAUCACAUCCAUGCUGGCAUGGAGACGACCUACACUAUCAAUAAAUCAGAGUGGGAAGCUCCUUCAGAAGGAGGAGUCACAACUGGAGCAUACAAUACAACUACUGCAAAAAAUAGGACCACCACAAAUGAUUAUGACAACAAAGGAGGCAAUUUUUUUGGCAAAGCUUUGAGUCCUGGAGAAGCCAGCCUGAUACUCGCAGUCUUUUUUUUCAUUGGACUUGUUCUGCUGUCAACAGUAUUAACCUUCUGCCUCGUCACCCGCCAAGGAAGCAGGAUCCAUUACACGGCUCUGCAUGACAAAAGCGCACUUCUAGCAGACUCCCUGUAAAUCCCCAUUUUUAGCAUCAUUCACAGAGCCGCGCUGGAUUUCAUGACAUGCUGCUAAUAAAACUGGAACAAGACAUAAGCUGAUAGUCCUACCCUAUAGCCAGCGCUCUCAAGAGUCAACAUGAGCUGUUCAGCUCCGAGAGCCACACACCACCCAUCACCAUUUCGACCCCUCCGGAGUUCAGCUGAGCUGUGCCCAAGAUGAAAUUUGGCAGACGAGCAGAGCAGCACAACCUCUUGGUGUCCACACUGCCUGCAAAGGAUGGAUCCACGGGUGUAAGGAGCGGGCAGCAUGGCAUCCAUGCACUCUGUGCAGAAACACGGGGCUCACACCAGGGAAUAAAUACCACCAGGGAUUGUUUUAUGCAUGCUGGCUUCUGAAGGAGCAGGGGCCACUGUGGAAGUCCCCGCGGUUUCCCAAAGUCUGGCUCAAUGAAUUCACUGACAUUUAAGCGAUUCUCUUUCCCCACCCUCCCCCUUCCCCUUCCUGUUAAAUGAGGAAACUACACUGCGGACAGAUUUUUAAAGGCGUUUAGGGACUUAGCAAUAUACUUUAGCACCUGAUGGAGUUCACAGUGCCCCUGCUGUUAGUUUCUAACAGCUUUUGUUAAUCCCUUUAGAAAUCUAGCCCUGAGCAGCCUCUGAGAAAGUUAGUUGGCUCUGUGAUUGCUGCUCGUUUUGAUCCUGAUUCUGUACCUCUUCUCUGCACUGGGUAGCAGCUCACGCCCUGCCUGUAAUGAAGCCAUCAGGAGGCUGAUCUCUGCACUCUGCAAGGAAGACAGGCAGAAUCAGGCCAAUUUUAAAUUAUACUUGAAUGUUUACAGCUCAUUUUUAGUUAGACAGUGCUCACAUCAGCUACAGCUCUUGCACAGGAAAUCCAGAACAAAAAAGUCUGUGAAACUGUUUAUCCAAAAUUGAUUUUGAAUGUAAAUUCAGGUUGCUGGGUUUUUGUUUGUUUUUUUUUUUUUUUUCCAGUUCUGUAUUUUGAAAUAUGUUCAACUGUAGGAAACUUUACUCCCCAUCAUUUUUAUUGUAGUUUAAUGGUGUCAUGGAUUGAUGUUCAGUUAACCAAGACAUUGAAGUUCCUUGGAUGUUUCUCAGUUAUUUCUUGAUUCUUUGUCUUCCCCAGCCAUUUAAGAGCACACAAGUGAGGUAGAUCUGCAGGACUGAGCCCAAAUAGGAUUUACACCAUAGCAAUAAAUACUUCAAGAUUCUUUCUCUAAAUCUUCCCCUUGAGCUGACAAAAACAAAUAUUCUAAGCCAUUUUAUGUCUCUGUUUUGUAAACAUUAAAAUUGAGGUCUCCCAUUCUGUGCAAAAUAUUUUCUUUCUGUACACACACAAAAUUAAAGCCUUUCACCUACACAUACACUGUUAGUAAAGGAAAUUAUUUGGUACUUCCCUUUUCAAGUAGCUAAUACUUCUAACUUUUUAGAAACAGAAUCAUAAAUGUAUUUUGACCCUAGAAACCAGCCAGCCAAAGUGAUUACAAUGAUAAUAAAAAUCUGGUUAUUUGUAUGAA